AUGAGCAGCACGAGGAAGUUCAAAAAGGUUGAGAAACCUCUAUCACAAACCAGACAUUAUUCACUCUGUAUCCCCACGACAUUGGUAUCGGACUGUCGCAACCUCUCUCAAAUCACGCAUAAGGUGUACCAAGUGGCCAAGUUUGCAUCGCUGUUUAAUGUUUCUGAGGUUGUCAUUCUUGAGGACAAUUCCCAGGUCGAUGCCACCAAAAAAAAAAUCUCCACUGCUAAAUUAAUACUGGCACUUUUACAAUACUUCGUCACGCCUCCAUAUCUUCGCAAUACUGUCUUCAACGAAAAAUUCAGACCUUAUUUGACCGCCGCUUCAAAAUUACCAAGAUUAUCCACACUUCCUUUCACCAGGUACCAAAAGCAAGAUCACGGUCGGUACAGAGAAGGCCUCACUAUCAAGAUGCAGAAACCCACCUUGGCUCGCAAAAAGAUUGGUAAGGUAUUCAAGCAAACCAAAUAUAUUAAUAUAGGGAAAAGCAAAGCACUGGCUCUACAAAGUCAGCUGGUGCCGAUAAACGCAAGGGUCACCAUCGACACAAUAACGAGGAAAAUUGUAUCUCCUCAGGAAGCUUACGGUGAUUUCACCGGAUUGGACUCGCAGUAUGGCUACUAUACUCGUAUAGCGUCAUCGUUCACAGACUUGUUUAUGAAGGGGCCUUUAAAAGAGGGUUAUACACAAUCAGUAUAUGUUCCCUUAACCACGAGAGACACCUCUAUUCCCGAGUUAUCAUCACUGCCUACCGCCGAAACUAAUCCCCACAUCUUAUUGGUAUUCUCAACGUGGGACACUCUUGCUCGAGCAUUCAAACUGGAUCAAGAUCAAUUCGUAGAUUGUCAAGGUCCUCAAGAGUUCUUUGAUGCUCAGCUACCAUGCCCCGUAUCCAAUUCGGACGUUGCAGAUGCAAUCCCCAUGACACUGACAACUCUUUCAACUGUAUUUUAA